UAGAACUGUGUCCAACCCUUACAACUUUUCAUCGAGAGUUCAAGUCCGAUUAAUUUUGAAACCUUGGGUUCUUCUUGGUUUUCACUCUGGCUUUUUAUGCCUUUACCAUUUCCGUAAUUUGAUCCCCAUUUCUGAACACAUAUCUCCAAAUUUAACCUCUUUCCUCAAAUCCUUUGCAUUCAAUCGACCCACCUUCACGCUCAUCUUACUCCUCUGUAAAUCGCGAAUCGGUGAGGCAUAAUGGCUAUGGUAGACGAACCCCUAUACCCAAUUGCUGUUUUAAUAGAUGAGCUGAAAAAUGAGGAUAUUCAGCUUCGUUUGAAUUCGAUUCGCCGUCUCUCAACGAUUGCCCGGGCUCUGGGAGAGGAGAGGACCCGAAAAGAGCUGAUUCCGUUUUUGAGUGAGAAUAAUGAUGAUGAUGAUGAGGUGCUUCUCGCAACGGCGGAGGAGUUGGGAGUGUUUAUUCCCUAUGUUGGUGGUGUGGAGCAUGCUACAGUUUUGCUUCCGCCCUUGGAGACCUUAUGCAGUGUUGAGGAGACUUGUGUGAGGGACAAAGCGGUCGAGUCACUUUGCAGAAUUGGUGCCCAGAUGAGGGAAUCUGAUCUUAUUGACUCCUUUAUUCCCAUGGUUAAGAGGUUGGCUUCUGGUGAAUGGUUUACUGCUCGUGUUUCUUCAUGUGGAUUAUUCUAUAUUGCUUACCCAAGCGCACCAGAUAACAUAAAAACUGAGUUGAGAACAAUAUAUAGCCAACUGUGUCAAGAUGACAUGCCUAUGGUGAGAAGAUCAGCGGCUAGCAAUCUGGGUAAAUUUGCAGCUACUGUAGAUGCUACCAAUUUGAAGGCUGACAUCAUGUCAAUGUUUGAGGACUUGACACAAGAUGAUCAAGAUUCUGUUCGUCUAUUGGCUGUUGAGGGUUGUGCAGCCCUUGGAAAGCUUUUGGAGCCACAAGAUUGUAUUGCUCAUAUUCUUCCCGUGAUAGUUAAUUUCUCUCAGGAUAAGUCAUGGCGUGUACGUUAUAUGGUUGCAAAUCAACUUUAUGAGCUUUGUGAAGCAGUUGGUCCUGAACCUACGAGGUCGGAUUUGGUGCCUGCAUAUGUUCGGCUGCUUCGUGACAAUGAGGCUGAAGUACGUAUAGCUGCUGCAGGAAAAGUGACCAAAUUUUGUCGUAUCUUGAAUCCCGAACUUGCAGUACAGCAUAUUCUGCCUUGUGUCAAGGAAUUGUCAUCAGAUUCUUCUCAGCAUGUUCGUUCUGCUUUGGCUUCAGUUAUAAUGGGAAUGGCACCUAUUCUGGGAAAGGAAGCUACAAUUGACCAGCUUCUUCCCAUCUUUCUUUCUCUUCUGAAAGAUGAAUUUCCUGAUGUACGUUUGAACAUAAUCAGCAAGCUUGAUCAAGUGAAUCAGGUCAUUGGAAUAGAUUUGUUAUCACAGUCAUUACUUCCAGCAAUUGUUGAGCUUGCUGAAGAUAGGCAUUGGAGAGUUAGAUUGGCCAUUAUUGAAUACAUACCUUUAUUGGCCAGUCAAUUGGGAGUUGGAUUUUUCGAUGACAAACUUGGUGCUCUCUGCAUGCAGUGGUUGAACGACAAGGUCUACUCCAUUCGGGAUGCGGCUGCCAAUAAUGUGAAGCGCCUCGCUGAAGAGUUUGGCCCAGAUUGGGCAAUGCAACACAUCAUCCCACAAGUUCUGGACAUGGCUACUAACCCACAUUAUCUGUAUCGGAUGACUAUCAUACAAUCAAUUUCCCUUCUUGGCCCUGUCAUGGGUGCAGAAAUAACAUGUUCCAAAUUGUUACCAGUGGUUGUUAAUGCAUCGAAAGACAGGGUACCAAACAUUAAGUUUAAUGUCGCAAAAGUGUUGCAGUCGCUUAUUCCUAUCGUUGAUCAAUCAAUGGUUGAGAAGACGAUUAGGCCUUGUUUAGUUGAACUAAGUGAAGACCCAGAUGUGGACGUGAGGUUUUUCGCAACAGAAGCAUUGAAGUUAACAGAUCAAGCUGUGAUGGCUAGCUAGAUUUUCAUUUUCCCUCUAUUAUUUUUUGGGACCAAGUUCUUUGUGUAGCUCUAGUUCUUUGUGAUAUGUUAUAGGCAUUCUUUACCCCCUACUCUUUUAACCCUUCACCCUGCUAAACUAAGAGACGAUAUCUGCCUCUAGUGUUGUAUCUUUGCUGGAAUUUCAAUUCAAACUGACCAGUUUUGGUUCUUUUAAAUGUCAGUAGACUUCAACGCUUGUCUUCUUUUUGUAAGGAAGAGACGAUGACACGCUUAGUCUUUUACUGGCCAAACUGAACUUGAGUUUUUCUAUGCAUAUGCUUGUUACUUGUUAUAUAUAUUAGUGUUUAUUACAUUUUA